GCAGCUUCAACAGGCUUAGGAGAAGACUCAUACUUAAAGGCAAUGACGAGGGGGGCACUGGGACAAGCAACCCCUUCGCACGACUACGAACAGCAGGAAGGGCGACGUGGAUGCGCAGCAAAGGUGAACAUUUGAGAGCAGAACUUGAUGAAAUUGAGGCACAAGCAAGAGCUGACCUGGAGUAUGGUAGGGAUCAUGGGAUAUUGAGGAACAGGAAUGCACCAGCUCUUGGAGCUGGCAUUGCGGGCUCGGAUGACAACGAGAGAGAGGAGCGUGUUCGCAGCUUAGCAGCGGCUGCCCUUGCUGUGGUAGAACAAGCCAUGCAAAAUCCUGAACUGUUUGGAGACAUAUUCGACCAGGCACCUGCGAUGAUAGCAAAACUAAGAGUUGAGAACUCCAGUGGAGCUCCAGCGCCUCUGGAAGUGGAAAAUGGACCUGGUGCAGCUCAUGGAAAUUCUGGUAAGGGCGUCAACGGGGGUGGGCUAGAGAAUGAUAUCCAAGAUGCAGCACUAGACGGACAAACUCAGCAACUUGGUGAUGGUUCAGGUGGUAGUGAUGACUGGAGUACAUCAUCUGAAGAUGUUUCGAGCUAUAGCAGUGAACGAAGCGUUGCUACAGCGUCCAGUGUAUCUGGUACCCAAAUCCUCAGUGACAAUGUAUUUGCAGGGAACCUCGAUUCUCUGUAUAGAGAGGAAGUUAUAGGGGAUGAAUUUCUGGACGUGGCCUCAAAAGUGUCGGUUGACUACAACGGAGAAGAUGAUGACGAAAUAGGCUUGGAUGCUGAUUUCUUAAAAGUGGCUACACAAGUGCCAACGGAUUACACAAAUGAGCAAACUACAGGAACUGUGGGGAAAAGUUUAGUUGACAUGGAUAACAUUAAUGCUUUACUUUCCACAAUAAACACAUGCAUUCGUUGGAUUGCAUGGAUACGAGCGAUGAUGGUCGUGCGGAGCGGGCGUCCAGGAGACGAUGAUGACGAGGACCCACCUUGCAACGGUCCCAUCUUGUUGGGCUGGCAUGGUGAAGAACAAGUGGAGACAGGGGGAUCUGCCAGAGAAGAGGCUCUAUUACGUAGACAACAGCAGUCCCGACCUCGGGCCCUGGAUGUGCAGAGAAACUGCCGACCUGGUCCGUCCUUCCGCCGCGACAACGAAGCACUCAUAAAAUCUGAUAUUGGUUGCAGAUGGUGGGGACGGUCAAGCUCCAACCAGGCCGAUAACACCCGUUUCAGGGACAUCACCGACUAUAUUCCUGCAAGCAGUUAUAAAUUACCUGAAAAAAUGCGGAAAUGGGUCAAUCAUUACAAACUGAUAUUGGCAGUUGCGUCUGGUCAGGACAUAAAGGAUGAGCUUAUUCCUGCUGCGGAUUUAUCAUCAAGUGUGAUGAGGUGCAUCCAGAGAGCAUUACAACAGAAAGACGAUGCUAUGUACUGCGGAUGGCUAGAUAGGUUCAGGGGGAUUUUUGAUCCAAAAUUUGUUGAGGAAGUCUGCCGAGACGAUGGUGAAACUGACUAG